CUGCCGCCGCUCGAGCUGGGCUUCAGGAACAGCUGGCGGGAGGACGAGCUGCUGCCGGCGACGCCCGCCAGCCAGGCGGCCUCCACGCAGAGCGGCUCCUCCGCCAACGACAAGGGACAGAACGUGGAGUGUGUGGUCUGCGGAGACAAGUCCUCGGGGAAACACUACGGGCAGUUCACAUGCGAGGGAUGCAAGUCGUUCUUCAAGCGUUCCGUGAGGCGGAACUUAACCUACUCCUGCCGUGGUAACAGGAACUGUCCCAUUGAUCAGCAUCAUAGGAACCAGUGCCAGUAUUGCCGGCUCAGGAAAUGUCUCAAGAUGGGAAUGAGGAGAGAAGCUGUUCAGCGAGGUCGCGUGCCCCCGUCCCAGUCUGCGGGCCUGUCAUUGCCGAGUCAGUUCGCCCUCACUAACGGUGACCCGGCGGCUGGUCUGAACAGCCACCCUUACCUGUCGUCGUACAUCUCGCUGCUCCUAAGAGCCGAGCCGUACCCCACACAGCCUGCCUCACGUUACGGUCAGUGCGUGCAGCCCACCAACGUGAUGGGUAUAGACAACAUAUGCGAGCUCGCCGCCAGACUGCUCUUCUCCGCCGUGGAGUGGGCCAGGAACAUCCCCUUCUUCCCCGAGCUGCAGGUCACGGACCAGGUGGCGCUACUGCGGCUGGUGUGGUCGGAGCUGUUCGUCCUCAACGCCUCUCAGUGCUCCAUGCCGCUGCACGUCGCCCCACUCCUGGCGGCCGCGGGGCUGCACGCGUCCCCCAUGGCCGCGGACCGCGUGGUCGCCUUCAUGGACCACAUCCGCAUCUUCCAGGAGCAGGUCGAGAAGCUGAAGGCGCUGCACGUGGACUCCGCGGAGUACUCCUGUCUGAAGGCCAUCGUCCUCUUCACGACAGGUAAAAUCUUGGACAGCUUAUUCGGGGAGGCGAGGUUGCUGCUGUACAGAGUCGCCGGCGCGUGCGCGUCUAUCACCAGCCACGGGGAGCUCUUAGUAUUGGUUCGUACGCACCUGGACGCGUACGCAGAAGCGACCAGGGCUCCCCAGGCGGCUCCGUCAGCAGCCUCCUCGGGCUACUACUCCACGAUGGAGUCCUCGCUCGGCGUCAACUCCUCCCUCUCCUACGGUAGCUUCAUCUCUCCUCAAUACACGAGCAGUCCGCGCGUGGAUAAUACAUCAUCGUUUAAGAUAUACGACGGUAGCGGGAGUAGAGUUGACGCCAAGCGAUGA